CCGACCUGCUAAACACUCUAGGAAGCACUGGCAAGUUAGCUACUAGUCCAACGAAUGGAUCAAAAGUAUAAUUUAUAAAUAAUUUAAUUUAUCAAUAGCGUGAACAGAACAAAACAUCAAUCGUACUGUGUAAUCAAAGGUUAAACGUCGACUAAUGUUAUUAAUUCAGUUAGAGAUACCCAUCAAAAUAUGCAUGGAACAUGUAAAGGGUUGCUGUAUAAAUGUAUUUAAAGGCGAGCAAAUACUUCACUGGGGAGUUACAGGCGAUGAUAAUGUUCAAGUUCAUAUUAGUUCUAACAGUGUGUGUGCCAUUCGUGAUUAGUAUCUUACCUGGUCUUAUGCUUGGUCCAGGACGAUGGCUAGUCCUGAACAUUAUGCCCUGCGACAAUCCAGAACAGUACGACGUAUUGUUCGACAUCAGUCGGAAGAAAAUCAAUCGUACACAUGAUUGUUUCGACCUUGACAUAAACUUGGAUAGAGUCUUCAAUCAUAGUUAUGGUCUCGUAAUAGACGUUUUUCAAGAAGUAGACGGUGGCUUCAAGUACUACCAGACUAUAUCUGACGACAGCGCCUGCGCUUUCCUGAUGAGGCAGGCAGAGGAGAAUGUCAAGAAGCUACUCACUUUAGCGAAUGUCGAUCCUCCUGACUGUCCUAUAAGAGAGGGUUUACUCUCCAUCAAGAACUACAUAUUUGACUAUACGGAGCUUCCAAGGAUGGGUGUCUACGGAACAUAUGAGGCUAACGCAUACUGCGUGUUCCAAGAUAUCAGAAUCGGUUGCGCCAAAGUCAUUCUCAACUUUGACGAACGAAAUGAUGAUGGAGACGACGAUGAUGACGACGACGAUGAUGAUGACGAUGAUGAUGAUCAUCGUAUCUUUAAAAUUUGAAACAAAAGCGUUUAUUUCUUUUCGAUUUAUGUAUGAACUAGCGACAAACUGAUUUGUACUUUAUGUGUAGACAACAAGCACUCGAUUAGGUUUUUGUGGCAAUUGACAGCAUUUACGAGGCUCGAGGUCCUAUCCUACGAAAUGUUGUCAAUUCAUUAUGUGGUGCAAAAUGUUUUUAUUAUUAAAACUGUACUAUAUUAUCAUGUAUUGAGUUCAAUAAUUUCACCGAUUAUUAUUAUUCAAUAAAUAUCACGCAACCAAUAUUACGUUUGUUUUCUUACAUUAAUGUACAAAGGAACUGUCAAACACCAAGCGGUCACUGGUGACCGCAAC